AUGGCGGACUCGACGGCGGGAAACGCCGAUUCUCUGAGACUGGAGUUAAAGAAGGCGAUGACGGAGAUACUCGAGGACGGAGGAGUAAGCGAAGAUCGCGGUGAGGCUGACGAAAGAUGCGAUUCGAAUCUGAAACUUGAUGAGGCGAUUCGAAUCCUAAAUUCUCUGAGGGAAGUUGAAUCGAAGAAGAUUCCUGACUCUUCGUCUUCUUCUGUGCUCGAAGUGCCGAAAGAGUUCAAAUGUAUGCUCUCGCGUGCGAUCAUGAGCGAACCUGUAGUCAUUUCAUCUGGCCAGACCUAUGAAAAGAGAUACAUCAGUCAGUGGCUGAUGUAUAAAAUGACAUGUCCCAAGACUAAAGAAGUCCUCUCUCACCGUCUGUUCUCACCCAACCAUUCGAUCGCUGAGUUGAUUACGCAAUGGUGUCAAGUCAACAAGUACCAUCUGCCAAAACCAUCUGCUGCACCCGUUGGCCUAUUCCCUGAUGACAUACACCUAUUGCUUGAGAAGAUCUCCUCACCCUCCUCAGUUGAAGAUCAGACAGCAGCUGCAAACGAGCUCCGCCGUCAGACCAAGAGAUUUGCCAAUGUUCCGGCCUUCUUUGUCACUGAAGUCCCUGAUUCCAUCACACGUUUGCUCACUCCGCUCUCUGCUUUGGGCGAGGCCAUUGACUCGAACCCGGGCCUUCAGAAGGAUAUCAUCACCGCGUUGCUCUACAUCUCGAGGCUUGAGGAGAACAAAACAGCAGUUGCUCAGCAUCCUCUUGUGAUCCCACUGCUGACAAAGUCUUUGAAGAAGGGGACAGAUAAGACGCGAAGAAACGCUGCAGAGGCCUUAUCGGAACUUUCAAAACUUGAUUCCAACAAGAGCAUCAUUGGGAACGUGGAGACACUCAAGGCUUUGGUACAUGUCAUCAAAGAGGAUCAUUUCACAGCCGCCAUAAACGCCUCUUAUGCUGUUUUCCAACUCUGUUUCAUACCGGAGAACAGGGACAAAGUGGUUUCAGAAGGUUUGGUUCCCGCGCUGAUCAACAGGAUUAAAGAACGAAGCUUUGUGUAUAUCUACUUUGAUGUCUUGUCGCUUAUGACUACACAAAACGGGGUGAUUGAAGAAAUGGAGGAUCUAGGGUUUGUCGAUGUCAUGCUCAGUAUCUUGAGGAAUACGAGUUGCCCAGUGACUGGAGAGGACGGUGUAUCGGUUGUCCUCCUUCGCAUGUGCGAUGUGAACACGGGUGACAGAGACAGAGAGAGGACUAGGCUGAAACUGAUCAAAGAAGAGGAGGAGAAAUACUCGACAUUUACGAAGUUUGCAACGCAAGGAUCACAACGUGCAGUGGCAGAAGCAGAAGCGAUCUUGCAGUGGAUCAAGAGAUCCGGUACAGGUGAAGAAGAGCCAUAA